UGAACCGUGACGUUUACUGAGAAAACGAAACUUACGAAGACAUGGAGGCAGACUUUAGAUGAAAACGGAAAAGAUGCACUACAUAGAUAGACAUUCACACUAUAUUGAGAUUAGCACUUUGUUUUCUCAUUUAUAUGUGAGGUUACUGUGUAGUUUAUGAUGGAAACGGAAAACUACGUAGCUAAACUAAACGAGUAUGCACAGAAGACGCGCUCGGUUUUUAUGUUCGAGGACGUCGGAUCUGUUGGCCCUGAUCACAUUAAAACAUUUAACGUAAGAGCAAUCGUGAAUGGUAAGGCGUAUCCUGAUGGUGUGGGGAAGAACAAGAAAGAAGCCAAACAAGAUGCAGCAAAAAAUGCCCUUACCGGCUUGUCGGAGGAAGUGGUUGACCCUACAGAAACCUCAGCAGUUGUGUCUGCAGCACCAGAUCUCCAGACAAGUAUCACUAAUAUCAACUAUAUAUGUUGGCUCAAUGAAUAUGGCCAGAAGAACAGGUUGCUGAUAAACCCGGUGGAGUCAACAAAAUUAGGACCUAAUGAUGCUAUGCAAUAUUGUAGGUUUGUGGUCGGCGAUAAGGAGUAUCCAGUUGCCUGUGGGAAAACAAAGAGGGAAGCUAAGGAGGAGGCAGCCAAGCUUGUAUAUCAUGAGAUAUGUGGUAGUAAAACUACUGAGACUGGAGAUGAGAAAAGCAGCAGCACACCAAUCAAGCAAAAGGAGGAUCUGAAUCAAAAUGUGUCUGAGAUCUGUGAUAAGACCAAGAACCUGAGCGUGAAGACUGAGAUCAGAAACUUUGUAGAGACAAAUUUCAUUGGAAUUAUCAACCAGUACUGUCAGAAAACAUCCCGCUCCCCUAAAUUCAUUGAAGAGAGCGCAUGCGGCCCACCUCAUAACCGUCAAUUUUUCUACAAACUGGUGAUUGACAACAAGGAGUACCCUGUAGGUGAGGGGAAGACUAUCAAGGAAGCCAAACAAAAGGCAGCUGAGCAGGCCUGGUCUGCUCUUCAAGAACAGUCGGACUGGGACAGUAAGGUAUCUUUAUUGUCUGUAGCUGUGUCUGAAGAUGGUGCUCUAGCCAAGCUGUCAACACCACCAAGCGCACUGAAGUCCAGUGAUGCCAAAUCAAAAAGCUUGCCAACAACUAAAGGUGAUUCCGUUGUAUGUGCAAUUUCAUCAAAUCCUCCAAAAGUUCAGGAUCAAAGUCCUGAUGUGAAGCCCAAAAUAAGGAUUGCAGCAAAUUUCCAAAAUGUCCAUAGAAACAGCAAAGAGCACAGAACGGCUAAUCUCAGUGAAAACAAUAUAAGAACUAGUCUGAGUGAGAAAACAUCAACCACGUCAGUCAGUUCAAGAUUCACAGAAGAAUUUGAUUCCAUACAGUGCCUCGGCAAAGGAGCUUUUGGUCGUGUUUUCAAGGGGAAACAAAAACUACUGGAAAAGUAUUUUGCAAUAAAGAUUGUCCGCUGCAAAGAAAAAGCUUUACGAGAGGUGGGGGCGUUAUCAGACCUUAACCACGUUAACAUAGUUCGAUACUACACAUGUUGGAUGGAAGAAUCAGGUUACCAGUGGGACACUGCUGCUGACAAUUCCAGCAACACCCAGUAAGUCUCAUCCAUUUACUAAAAUUCUUACUUAACUGUACUCAUUUACAAAACAUUAAGGUGUCAUUGUGACAUUUUAUUUUCUUAUUUUCUAAGGUCCACUGGUAAUUCACCUGCAAAGUUCCUCUAUAUUCAGAUGGAGUUAUGUGACCCCAAAACACUCAGAGUGUGGAUAGAUGAGAAGAACACACAGAAUGUAAAGAAGUCCCUGCGAGACUCCAAGAGAAAAGAAGACAGUUUAGCUAUUGCACUGCAGAUAAUCAGUGGAGUUGAGUAUGUUCACUCCAGUAAACUCAUCCACAGAGACCUGAAGCCUGCCAACAUCAUGUUUGGGCGGGAUAAAACAGUGAAGAUUGGGGACUUUGGUCUGGUCACUGCCGAGAAUGACGACGAUGCUGAAAACUUGCUGGAGAGGACCGUGUACAAAGGAACCCCAUCAUACAUGGCUCCUGAGCAGAAGACCAGGAAGACUUACGACCGAAAAGUGGACAUAUUUGCUCUGGGAUUGAUAUAUUUUGAACUCCUCUGGAACCUCCCUCCUGACCAAGACAGGAGAGCAAUUUGGGAUAAUGCCAGAAACCAGAACUUUCCUCAAGGAUUUUUACAGUAUUUUCACAAAGAGAGUCAAUUUAUAAGGUCAAUGCUGUGCAUGAAGCCAGAAGAUCGACCUGAAGCAAGUAAAUUAAAGACUGAUUUGGAGGAGUACCUUCAGACAACUUUGAUGCUAAAAAACAUGCUUCGUGACAGCAGGACUAAGGAGCACGGCAGAGUGAGGUUGGAGGUGGAAAAGACAGGACCGCUGCAAACUUUGUACUCAUUUUUUAUCAUAUUUUUAUGCCAAAUCCUGACCGAUGGGACUUUUUCGAUGGCGUCUGGAAACUACGUGGCUGAAUUAAACGAAUAUGCGCAGAAAGCACGCUUUACCCUGAGAUAUGAGGACCUCGGCUCUGUCGGCCUUGAACAUGCUAAAGUAUUUACCCUGAGGGUAGUCCUUAAUGGUAAGGUCUGUCCUAAUGGUGUGGGGAAGACCAAGAAGGAAGCCAAACAAAAUGCAGCUGAAAAUGCCCUGAAAUCCUUGAGCAAAAAACAGGACCCAGAUGAAUCAACAGAAGCUUCUGCAGCAACAGAUCACAGAAGUGUCAAUGCCAUCAACUAUAUAUGUUGGCUCAAUGAAUAUGGCCAGAAGAACAGGGUGUCAAUAAAGCCGGUGUCAAGCUUGGGACCUGAUAAUACGACACAAUGCUGUAGGUUUGUGGUUGGUGAUAAAGAGUACCAAAAUGCCUGUGGGAAAACAGCGAGGGAAGCUAAAGAUAAAGCAGCCAAGCUUGUAUAUGAUGAUGUAUGUGGCAGUAAAACUGUAGAGACUGCAGAUGCAAAUUACAACUCUGCAUCUGGUCAACAAAAGGCGGAACCAAUUCGACGUCUUAUUGACAUGUGUAAUAUGACAAGAAGCCUGUGUGUGAACUCUGAAGAUGAAAGCAUUACAGAGACAAAUUUCAUAGGAUUGGUCAACCACUAUUGUCAGAAAACAAAUCGCUCCCGUACAUUCAUUGAGGAGAGGAGAUCUGGCCCAGCUCACGACCCUCAAUUUUUCUACAAAUUGAUGAUCGACAGAAAGGAAUACGAUGUGGGUGAGGGUAAGACUAUCCAAGAAGCCAAACAAAAGGCAGCUGAGCUGGCCUGGUCUGCUCUUCAAGAACAGUCAGACUGGGACAGCAAGGUGUCUGUCAAGUCAACAGGUUCCGAAGACGAGUUUUCAAUUUCAUCAGCUGCACCGGAAUCCCAGGAAUCACCAUCACAACGUUUCCCUGUGAGUACAAGUGACUCAAUAAUAUUCUGCGAUUCAUCAAACCCUUACAGUGCUCAGGUGUCCUUCAGGUCAACCACAUCUGAGGAUAAUGCAUCAAGUAAAUUGUCAACACCAACUUCAUUGGAAUCAUUUUCAUCAUCACAAAGCAUGUCAUCGGGUACAGGUGACUCAGCACUGUUCAGUGAAUCGUGGAACCUCUCCAAGGAUCAGGAUGCUGUCAAAGACAAGAACAUCCAAAAUGGUGUUAAUGAGACAUCAACCCAGCCAAAGUUUGAACAAGACUAUGAUAUCAUAGAAUGCAUUGGCCAUGGGGCCUUUGGUUGUGUGUUCAGAGCAAGGCAGAAACUUCUGAAAAAGGAUUUUGCUGUAAAAGUCGUGCGAUGGCAAGAAAAAUCUCUUCGAGAGGUGGCAGAAUUAUCAGUCCUCCAUCACCCAAAUAUUGUUCGGUUCUACACAUGUUGGAGGGAGAAGUCUGGAUACAAAUGGGAUGAAGAUGAUGACUGUUACAGAGCUGUUGGAAACCGUAAUUCCUUGUUCCUCUACAUUGAAAUGGAAAUAUGUGACAAAACACUUGAGGAGUGGAUUAAUACAAACACCACUCUGCAAGCCUCCAAGAGAAGAGAAGAAAGUCUAAGCAUUGCUCAGCAAAUAGUCAGUGGUGUUGAAUACAUUCACUCCAAUAAGCUCAUCCACAGGGACCUUAAGCCUUCAAACAUCAUGUUUGCACUGGAUAGGUGGAAGAUUGGGGACUUUGGUCUGGUCACCAGAGAUGAUGAUAAUGACAUGGUAGAGAGAACAGUGGACAGAGGAACUCCAAGUUACAUGGCUCCUGAACAAAAGAGGGGGAACUAUGACCGAAAGGUGGACAUAUUUGCUUUGGGGUUGAUAUACUUUGAACUCCUUUGGAAAGUGUCUACUAUCUCUGAAAAAUCAAUGAUUUGGCGCGGAGUCAGAAGUCAGAAGUUCCCCACAGAGUUUUCACCGACUUUUCCCCAAGAGAGUAAACUAAUUACAUCAAUGCUCUGUGAGAAGCCAGAGGACCGACCUGACUCAAGUAAACUGAAGACAGAGCUGGAGAAGUGGGCUCAGAUACUUAAUGCACAAAAAAAUAUGCAUCAGCAAAACCAAACCAUCUGAUCAUCACAAGGACUUGUGAUAAGUCAGAGGAGAGUGUGGGAAUCUGUCUUUUCAGAUUUCUGAAAUUUAAUCAAAUUAUUUGAUAUGCUGUUAUAAUUAUGACUAUGUAAGAAAAUGAUCAUGAACUGCACUUACAUAGUAAUUUAACUUGAGAUCCAUACAAAGAGCUUCACUAGGUUUCACAUUCAAACACAAACACACACACACACACACACACACACACACACACACACACACACACACACACACACACACUCCUAUGGUAAUGGAUCUCAUCAUCUCAGUAUGGGGAUCUGUGUUUUGCUCAAGGACUCCUUGUGUCAGGAGGUCAAGUGUUGUUAGGAGGUCAAAUUGUUAUGUCAUGAAUUUAAAAAAUGUGGGUAUUCUCAUCUGUCUAAUUUCUCACAAAUUAUCAUGAACCAGUUACUUUCUGUGGUACAGUAUAUGACAUUUUAUUCUAUAGUGGAAACGGACAGUGAUGUUACAUUACAUUCAUUGCCUUUAAUAAAUCAUUGGUGAU